UGCCCGACACCCAAAUAUGGCUUGGGAAGGGCAGCAACAUUCCAUCGGGGCGGUGUGGUGAGAGCUCCCAGGGACUAUAUAAAACCUGAGCUAGGGGACACGCAGUCACACGGACGGACGUGAAGCCUCACAUCCCACCCUCGGCACCCAGGGCCAGAGUCAGAGCAGCAGAAACUAGACACCAUGUGCGACGAAGACGAGACCACCGCCCUUGUGUGUGACAAUGGCUCUGGCCUGGUGAAAGCAGGCUUUGCCGGGGAUGAUGCCCCCAGGGCUGUGUUCCCAUCCAUUGUGGGCCGCCCCAGACACCAGGGUGUCAUGGUGGGUAUGGGCCAAAAGGACUCCUAUGUGGGGGAUGAGGCCCAGAGCAAGCGAGGUAUCCUGACGCUGAAAUACCCCAUUGAGCAUGGCAUCAUCACUAACUGGGACGACAUGGAGAAGAUCUGGCACCACACUUUCUACAAUGAGCUUCGUGUGGCCCCUGAGGAGCACCCGACCCUGCUCACUGAGGCCCCCUUAAACCCUAAAGCUAACCGUGAGAAGAUGACCCAAAUCAUGUUUGAGACCUUCAACGUGCCUGCCAUGUAUGUGGCCAUCCAGGCGGUGCUGUCCCUCUAUGCCUCUGGCCGUACCACCGGCAUUGUGUUGGAUUCUGGGGACGGUGUCACCCACAACGUGCCUAUCUAUGAGGGCUAUGCCCUGCCACACGCCAUCAUGCGUCUGGAUCUGGCUGGACGUGACCUCACUGACUACCUGAUGAAGAUUCUCACCGAGCGUGGCUAUUCCUUCGUGACCACAGCUGAGCGUGAGAUCGUGCGCGACAUCAAAGAGAAGCUGUGCUAUGUGGCCCUGGACUUCGAGAAUGAGAUGGCCACAGCUGCCUCCUCCUCCUCCCUGGAGAAGAGCUACGAGCUGCCUGAUGGGCAGGUCAUCACCAUUGGCAAUGAGCGCUUCCGUUGCCCGGAGACGCUUUUCCAGCCCUCAUUCAUCGGUAUGGAAUCUGCGGGGAUCCAUGAGACCACCUACAACAGCAUCAUGAAGUGCGACAUUGACAUCAGGAAGGACCUGUAUGCCAACAAUGUCAUGUCAGGGGGCACCACCAUGUACCCUGGUAUCGCUGACCGCAUGCAGAAGGAAAUCACAGCUCUGGCUCCCAGCACUAUGAAGAUCAAGAUCAUCGCCCCCCCUGAGCGUAAGUACUCAGUGUGGAUCGGUGGCUCCAUCCUGGCCUCGCUGUCCACCUUCCAGCAGAUGUGGAUCACCAAGCAGGAGUACGAUGAGGCCGGCCCCUCCAUUGUGCACCGCAAAUGCUUCUAGGCGCACCUUCAUCUGUGUACACUCUCUCUCCUCAGGACGACAAUUAUGCUGCGGUUGCAGAGCGGCCCAUCCUCCGCCAUGCUCCAUCGAUGCCACUGCAGCUGGCACCUGGUUUUGACCUGUACAUAGAUUGACUCGUUUUACCUCAUUUUGUUAUUUUCCAAACAAAGCCCUGUGGAAGGAAAUGGAAAACUUGAAGCAUUAAAACCAGCCAUUCUGUUUUGCUGCAAUAAAA